AUGACUUCAGAUAUCCGUGUUCAGAGUGUCAGUGGUGUUAGACUGCGACGUGCCCGCGUAACAACCAAACAUCCGUUCAGUGGUCUAAAGGAAAACUACAAGUCCCUGAAAUUGGAUCAACAAAAGCUUGCCAACAAGAAGUUCAGUGUUCCCAACCACUUGCUCUAUUCUCCGUUCAUCUGCCCUGAUCUCUACUGUCCCCUCCAGUUCCCUAACGUCGCCUCAUUGAAGAUGUCUGUACAGAAUACUGCCUGGGUGGAACAAUUCAAUAGUCGCAGCCUCACUCCACCUGUCGCUAAGUCACCACCGAAGGCAGAAAGCCUUGGUUAUGGCGGCGGUGGCGAACUUCGGCGUCUAUUUCGAAGGCGUGGUAUAAGCGAAACCGACCCUGCUCUUGUUUGUCCAUCUUUGGCUGACCAACACCUGUUUGAUUCGCUGAAAUCAAAGGUUGAGGUAGAACAGGUCCGACAUCAGUUUAAGGACCUAGAGAAGAAAAGCGACUCCACUUAUCUCAAACUCGUCCAUAGCGCUUCAAGCACCAGUCUACCCUUCAAAAUUGGUGAUCCUAUUUUCGGUCACAGGCGUGGCGGUGACCAUGCUUCAUCCCAAAACUUGGCAAGUCCAUACGAAAAAACAGAGAGGCCUCGAUUGAUUCCACCGGCGCCCGCUUGCGUCUCUGUUCCCUCUUCCCCACGGCCGCACCGUAACAAAUCGACUUCGGCAGAGCUCACUCCACUGACCAGCAGCCCGCUGCACACCAGUACACUGGAAGUCCUCUCUGAAGAUUCGUCCAAGCCGCUGCCGGUGCCGCGGAAGAAG